UUUCCUUUAGACGUUUUAAAUGUUUCUCAUCGCGUAACACGAAGGAAGAGUGGCAAGUGGCAGUGACCAGCGUUCGAUGGGAUUUGUUCGUUAUAACAGUGGUUACAGCAUGUGAAAGGCUAGUAUUUGAAGUGCUGCGAACGUAAUCAAAGGAAUUCUUGGCAUCAUUGUUCUUUAUCGUCGAAUCUAAGUGACGUGCGUACGAUAGUGACGAAGCGUCUCCAAGGAUGCAACACCGGACGGACGCUCAUGAAGUUAUACUGCCUUGGUAUGAAAGACUUCUCCUCUGGCUACUAAGCCUCGGGCCGACACCACGGAACCUGGCCAUUAUUCCUGACGGCAACAGACGAUACGCCAAAAAAGUGGGUUUAUCCGUCAACGACGGGCACGUGGCAGGACGACGAAGCCUCCAGACUAUGGUAGCAUGGGCAGAAAUGCUAGGAGCGAAAGACGUCACCAUUUACACCUUCAGCACGCAUAACUUUAAGCGGCCCAAGGACGAAGUCGGUGGUAUAUUUGAAGAGAUCCAGGCGUUGUCCUGGGAUAUCAUCAAUAAUCCGCACGUUGCUGACAAGAAGGGUGCCAGGACAAGGUGUGUAGGUGACCUAGAUCAGCUGCCAAGAGAUGUUCAAAGGACCCUUGCAAAACUUGAUUUGAUCACAUCGUCUAAUACAGAGCACACAUCAAACUACUGCAUCGCUUACUCUGCUCGACAUCAGCUAACGCGCAUAACAAAGACGAUGGCCCAAGCAGUGAAAGAAGGACUCCUGCGUCCCGAUGACAUCACUCCGGGCCUUGUGGAAAAGAGCUUGGCUGUGGAAGAAAGUCCAGAAAUAGAGGUCCUUUAUCGGACAUCGGGCGAGACGAGGCUCAGCGACUUCCUACUGUGGCAAAGCAGCUACGCCAUGCUUUACUUCGAACAGAAGACGCUACCGGAAGUCAGUUUUUGGGAUUUCGUGAAAGGAGUUCUUUACUACCAAGUUCGAGCACAAGCGCUAAAGGACAUUCGACAGAAGCAUUACAAAGAACUUGAAGAGUGCAGCGCAGAACAGAUACUUCGGCAGAGGACGUUCCUUCUGCAAAUGGAGGCAGAUCGCGUUGGAUACUUAAGAAGGCUCGCGGCUGAUGAAUGACACUUGUUUAUCCUGUUCAUUGUACCAGAGCUAUCUUUGAAAAUUUUCCAUUUUUCUCAUUGACUGCAGCAGACUGCCCAGAAAGAAUACAUAGAAUAACAUAUGCUAAUAAAAUGUCCAUCUCAAAUGAA